AUGCAGCGAGCGAGCGACUAUGAGGAGGCCAUCGCGGCGAGAUUCAGUGAAUUAGAGCAGCAGAUUAAGCCGAUAGUGUCGAAAUACUACCUCUUUGCGGGCGAGACAGAGUGGGUAGGGGAGAUCGCGGAGUCAGUGGCGGGGUUUCUAGCGGCGGUGCAGUUUCCACUCGACCCGGAGUCGAUUGGGUUUCUCGAGCGGCUAGUGGAGUACAUCUUGGUCUUCCCGGAGUUGACAGAGGGGUGGCUUCGCGCGUCAGGCGGGCAGACAGUGCCGCUCGCGGAGUUCUGCCGACGGGGUUUCGAGAGCCACGAGGCUCGGUUUGAGACGGCGAACAUGAGAAGGAUGAUACCCGAGCUAGAGGUCUUGAACAAGUGCUUGGACGCACUCGUGGUGGUGGGGAACGUGAGCGACGCGACGGGGCAGUGGUUGCCGACGCUCUUUGCGGAGCUGGUGGGAAUGAUCCGCACGGAAUACUACGCGAGUGUGGACACGCUGGUGUCGGGUAGCAUCAACCUAUUCACGAUUCGCUGCAAGACGCUAUGCGACGUUGCGAACUUGGUUUCACGCGAAAAUACGCUUGUGUGUCUAAAGAAUGCUAUAUUGGACCACUGUCUUGCGGACAUUCUUGCGCGGCACCGGUGUCUUGACGACGAGGAGAGAAAGCAGAUGUCGUACAGCUUGCUUGUGCGGUUCUUCAGCGCGGCGGUGUCAAACGAGUUCCGCUGGCCCUAUAGCAAAGUUUCGGAACCCCAAACAGGCCCGGUGAACCCGCCGAAGAAGCGGUUGGCAACCAUACUAUUUGCAGACGAUGCUUUGGUGCGCUCAUUGGUGGAGAUCGUUCGGGAGGACCUUGGCUCCAAGGAUGAUACUACGCGCCUUCAGGCUCUCUUUUUCCUUGGGUCCAUGGUGAAGCUCAAGCACGAAUCUAUUAUAGCAAGCCUUUUUCUUGCACCUUCCGAGAAGCCGGAGCACAUCGAUUUGGACAACAUUGCUCAGUGGAAGCGGGUCUUUUUUCAGAGCGAUUCGAUGCCAAAGGUGCCCAGCAUGCCUUUUGACAUGUCCCAAUCUCUUCAAUGGUACGAUUGGAAUCUUGCCAAGGACUCGAUUCUAAGCGAACUAUUUGACGUUUUAGCCACUAGUAAAGACGACGAGGCAGUAUACCAAGCCUACUCUGUUCUCCUUGAUAUCUCGAGGCAGGUGCACGGUCGUAUUUCGGAUCUUUGGGUUCCUAACGGUAAAAUGAUAAGUCUCAUGGAGAUGCUUCUCACAUCCGGUAAGAAUGACAAGAUCUGUACCGAUUUUGUCACGGAAAUGUACUGUAUCAUACGCGCUUGUGCUGUCAUGGAGUACAUAACUUAUAAGUGUCUCUAA